AUGAACUUGCUUCUCUCGAACAAGAUCAGAUCCUCCCUGUCGCCAUCCAACUUACCUGCUGCCCUGCGCUCCAUCCGCGGCGCCUUAUUCCCCAACAACGCCCCUGGGAAGUCGAGUCUGGUCCCGCCCGCCACGGAAGAGGAUCUUGUCGCCCUCCGUCGCAGGGCCGCCACAGCCCUGUGGGGCCUCCUGCCCAAACCCGUGGCCACAAUAUACCUCGGCGGCGGUGUUGGCCAGGUCCUCCUCCCUCUCCGGGCUACCCUCUUCUCCUCCCGCUUUCUCCGCAGCGGCAUGACCACGACCACGACCACGACCACGACAAGCAGCCGCCGCGCCGGCGGCAGCAGCAGCAGCAGUGGAGGUGGCGCUAAUACGUCCGACGGCGACGGCAGCGGCAACGGCAACGACAAGGAUGAGAAUGAGGAUGAAUCCCGCAUGAUUGACGAGAUGGAUGGUCUCCUGGACGUCUUGUCAGACGAAUACUGUAACAAACACCUACUCUACGGGAUCUUGGAGCUCAUCCUAGUCAGACUCAUCCCUGAACUAUCUGAUAAGAGCGUCCAGGAUCUACUAGAUGAUCGUCUUGGCUAA